UAAAUAAUAAUAUUAAAAUACUAGCUAUUUACAACAGGAACCCAUGUACGUGAAAAAUGCAGAGUGGAAACUAAUGGACUUGAGUAAAUCGCGUGAAGUAGUUAAGUACCCUUGUUGUCCGGAACCAUAUGUCAAUCUAAAUUAUAAAAUGACUUUAAAGAGGAACUCGGCGCUUUAUUGCAGUAUAUUGCUAAUGCCUGCUGCCGCCAUUGUUUUCUUGGUUCUGGUCACGUUUUGGUUACCACCACAAAGUGAAAUGAAGAUCAGUGUCGCGGCCUGUACUAUAUUAAUCAUCGCCGUAUUUUUAGGCUAUCUCGGCCUUAAAGUACCAUUAACGACGACUCCUCCACUCAUAGGUAGACUAAUGCAAAAGUAUACUUCCUCUUAAAAUCUUCUAUUAUUUUCAGU